CUUUGUCCUCCAACCAUGGCUACAGCGGUUUAGGGGGACAGCGGGCACGCAAGAGUCCCAGAAAGUGGGGCCAUCAGAAGACAACAUCAACACAACAGGAAGAAAAUCUUCACCUUGAAGACGGGACAACAUCAGUGGGACCAACUGGUUUUAAAAAGACAACCUGUCAAUUUUUGGGAAAAGGAUAAUCUCCGUUUUCUCAUAUUUCAUAAAUCAUCUUUUUAUCCACCCCUCACAUUUCCCAUGGUGCUGCUGCGCUGAUCCGGAUGAUUCAGAACCUUUUUUGGGAUAGUUUUGAGCCAAGUGAAAGAAUCUGGAUUAUCCUCUGAAGUCAACUCAAGGUUCUACCUGCUUAUCCCCUCCUCUUGGAGCAACUUAGAUGAGCUUAUAAUUCACCAACAAGGCCCGCAUCAUUCCAGCUGCAGCGUUCAUACGACACUGCCAUCGCCUGCUUCUUGAGCCAUGACGCUGCUGAAGAUAAAGUUCAACCAGCAGAGGCGGGUGCGUCUGGCCCAGGGCCUCUGGCUGCUGUCCUGGCUGGCGGUGACGUGCGGGGGCUUCAUCUUUUGUCUGGGGGUCUACCUUAAGACCGAGCUGCUUCGUAGGGACGAGGUGAUGGAGAACGCGGAGAUCCACGCGGUGCCCAACAUCCUCAUCAUGGUGGGCCUGGCCUCCAUCGGCACCAACUGGAUCGCCAGUCGCAUGUGUCAGGACUCCCUGGACGCGAGCCGCUUCCCCCGCUGGAAGGUUCUCCUGCUGGCCUGGUUUGCUGUGGCCGCUCUGCUGUGCUGCCUGCUUCUCACUGUGGUGGUGCUCAGCUACGCCCUGCAGGGACGCCUGGAGGAGUCUCUGAAGGUGGGCCUCAGAAACGGCAUCCGGUUCUACAAGGACACAGACGUCCCGGGCCGCUGCUUUCAAAAAGAAACCAUCGACCGGCUGCAGAUGGAGUUUCGCUGCUGUGGAAACAACAACUUCAAGGACUGGUUUGAGGUCCAGUGGGUCAGCAACAGAUACCUGAAUUUCACCUCCCAGGAAGUCAAAGAUCGCAUCCGGAGCAACGUGGACAACCGUUACCUGUUGGAUGGCGUCCCGUUCAGCUGCUGUAACCCCGCCUCGCCUCGCCCCUGUCUGCAGAACCAGCUGACGGACAGCAGGGCCCACUACAACUAUGAGUACCAGUCAGAGGAGCUCAACCUGUACAGCCAGGGCUGCAGGCAGGCGUUGACCGACUACUACAUGGGCCUGAUGAACUCCACCGGUCCCGGCGUGCUCUCGGUCAUCUUGAUCCAGAUGUCGGUGCUGCUCAGCAUGCGGUACCUGCAGACGGCGGUAGACGGAGCCGCGGCUCUGGACAGCCCGGAGGCUGAAAGUGAGGGCUACCUCCUGGAGAAGGGCGUGAAGGAAACCUAUCAGGACGUCAGAGCCACGCUUCUCAACCUGGUGAAGUUUGGGCAGGUUGACCCCGCCGAGGGGCCCUCGGGGGCCGAAGAAGAAGAGAAAACAACCGACACAAACACGGAGAAGGCUGCCACCUCGCCUCCAGCCAGUUAGACGAAUAAAAAAACACAAAGCGUGCUGAGGAGGAGAGGACGCUGGGGGUUCUGUGUGUCUGUUUUUAUUUUUGGUUGUGAGACUCGGGUGGUACACAGUAGGCUUUAUUCACGAAGCAGCUGCAGCCCCCCUCCCCUCUGAACAUGACCUAAACAGGGCAACACAUAGAUCUUUAUAGGCCCCUGCACAGACAUGAAAACACAUUUUAACAUCUCCUCUGUCCAGGACUCCACCUGAAUCUGCUCAGGAGGUGUGUAGUGUUCCCUGUUUGUCUAGAAGAGAGUACAGUCAGUUUAAUGUGGGGUAGCAGAAACACACAAGACAUGUUUUGGUGUAGAGUUGGUAUUAAACUGUCCUGAAAUGCUUAGAACCCUGAAUAAAUCAUGAAUUAUUACAUUAAAGGUAGAAGUUUUUAACUGCUUUGUAGUGUCGGCUUCUUUUUGUAAUUAUAACAUGAGAUGAAGUGACAGUGGGUUAUCUGAGGAGGGUUGGAUUAAGUGUGUGUGUGUGAUGCCCUAUAUGAAGCUGUCAUCGCAUUUAUUCUGGCAGCGCUGAAACAAUCUGAUAAUCCACGGCAUAGUUAAUCCCAGAACUGCUGCACAAGCGAUGUCAGCAUGCAGGAACACACUCCUUCACGCAGCCCUAACACACGUCCAGCAGUUAUUUCAGGGAGCAGAAUCAGUUUGUUUUGUUAAACUAAAAUGCUUUUCAUUUGCAAAGAACACGUGGUGAUUUGCCCUAGUUCAUCCAAUGUGUGCACGUUCUUCUGAAAUAAAAUUUGU